CAGCUCCUCAAGCUCGGUGCCCGCGCCCCGCAGCGGCAGCGCAGAACGCACCGCCUCCGCCAGAGCCCGGGAAGCGCUCGGGCGAAGAGGAGGAGCCAAGGGUACCGAGCGGGUGGAGUCGGGAGCCGGAGAGCGGUGGAGGCGGAUUUCCUGGGCCCGGCUCUUUGGCGCUACCAUGGCGUUUGGCAAGAGUCACCGGGAUCCCUACGCGACCUCCGUGGGCCACCUUAUAGAAAAGGCUACAUUUGCUGGAGUUCAGACCGAAGAUUGGGGCCAGUUCAUGCACAUCUGUGACAUAAUUAACACUACCCAGGAUGGGCCAAAAGAUGCAGUGAAAGCUUUGAAGAAAAGGAUUUCCAAAAACUACAAUCAUAAAGAAAUCCAACUUACCUUGUCAUCACGUUGCUUAUUGACAUGUGUGUGCAGAACUGUGGUCCAAGUUUCCAGUCUCUGAUUGUGAAGAAGGAAUUUGUUAAAGAGAAUUUAGUUAAGCUACUGAAUCCCAGAUACAACUUGCCAUUAGACAUUCAGAAUAGAAUCUUGAAUUUCAUUAAGACUUGGUCACAGGGUUUCCCAGGAGGUGUGGAUGUAAGCGAAGUCAAAGAAAUAUACCUCGACCUGCUUAAGAAAGGCGUUCAGUUUCCUCCCUCAGGAGCAGAGGCUGAAACAGCAAGACAGGAGACUGCUCAAAUCUCAUCAAAUCCUCCAGCAUCUGUCCCUACUGCACCAGCUCUUUCUUCCGUGAUUGCGCCAAGGAACUCGACUAUUACAUUGGUCCCAGAACAGAUUGGAAAACUGCACAGUGAAUUGGAUAUGGUGAAAAUGAACGUGCGAGUGAUGUCCGCCAUAUUGAUGGAGAAUACUCCUGGGUCUGAAAACCAUGAAGACAUAGAGCUUCUGCAGAAACUCUAUAAAACAGGUCGGGAGAUGCAGGAGAGGAUCAUGGACCUGCUUGUGGUGGUGGAGAAUGAAGAUGUCACUGUUGAGCUAAUUCAAGUGAAUGAGGAUUUGAAUAAUGCCAUCCUUGGAUAUGAGAGGUUUACUAGAAACCAACAAAGGAUUUUGGAGCAAAAUAAGAACCAGAAGGAAGCCACCAAUACUACCAGUGAGCCUUCUGCCCCAUCUCAAGAUCUCCUCGACCUAAGUCCCAGUCCCCGGAUGCCUAGGGCCACUCUGGGAGAACUCAACACCAUGAAUAAUCAACUUUCAGGCUUAAAUUUCAGCCUUCCAAGUUCUGAUGUAACAAACAACUUAAAACCCAGUCUCCAUCCACAGAUGGACUUGCUAGCCUUGGAGAAUACAGAGAUACCCCCGUUUGCCCAAAGGACCAGCCAAAACCUCACCUCAAGCCACGCAUAUGAUAACUUUCUGGAACAUUCAAAUUCAGUGUUUCUACAGCCGGUCAGUCUACAAACCAUUGCAGCAGCACCAUCAAACCAGAGUCUGCCACCUUUGCCCAGCAAUCAUCCAGCGAUGACAAAAAGUGAUCUCCAGCCACCUAAUUACUACGAGGUAAUGGAGUUUGAUCCCUUAGCUCCUGCUGUCACUACAGAAGCUAUUUAUGAAGAAAUUGAUGCUCACCAGCACAAAGGAACUCAAAAUCAUGGUGACUGAGAAGAAAGUGGAUGAUCAGCUCACUAGCCACAUCAAAGGUGCCAACUCUCUUAAGGUAGACUCUGUGCAGCUUUGAAGCCUGGAAGACAAUACCUACCAACAUGUCAAAGCCAUGGUGGAACAUUUCUGCUAUAAUGAAUAUUAAAUAGAAGAAUAACAGUUCCAGGAUAACACUGAUUCCUGACAACAGCGUGAGAUUUCAACAGAACUUGUUUGGAACAAAUACUCACUUAAAACUUCAGCAGAAGAAAAAUUACUUAGUCCUUAGGCCAACCAAUUUAACUGCAGUGUCAUAUGUUUCACAAGCCUUCCUACAUUUGGAAAUCGUCACACAGCUGUGAUAAGAGUAGAUUACUUUACUACGAAAUAAUUCUGAAUAGAUGAAAGCAUAAAAUGUGAGAAACUGAAUGUAUUAUUCAGGAAGAAUACUGAGUGCCUUCAUUUAACUAAAGUUGAAUGUAAAAGUCAAUUUGCACUUCUUUAUAAUCCUCUGGUUUAGAAUUAUAAAUUGUUAAAACCUUGAUAAUUGUCAUUUAUAUUUCAGGUGUCAUGAACAGGUCACUAGACUCUACAUUGGGCGGCCUUUAAAUAUGAUUCUUUGUAAUGCUAAAUAGUCUUUUUCUCUUUUUACUGCAACUUAACAUUUCUAUUUCGAACACAGAAAAUGAAAAUAUUUAGAAUAAGUUGUACAUUUGAUGACAAAUAAAUCACUAUUAAAAUAAUUUAAUAUUUU